UUUUUUUUAACUUUUUGAAUAGGAAAAUGUGCCAAAAAAUUUAUAAAAUUGUUGAUGAUUUUUGCGUAGAAAAAAACCUUGAAAUCUUCAGACUUUGAAAUCGAUAAAUUACUUGUUUUUUGUCAACAACAACAACAACAACAGCAACAAUAUAAUCAUGAAUUUUUUUGGCGAAAAAAUAUCAUUCAAAAUAAUUGUGAUAUUACUACAAAGCUUGAAUAUUUUGUCAAGACGACGAAAAAAAUUUUUACUGAUCAAUUGAAUUUGUAAAAAUUCAAACAAAUUUCUUGAACGAAAAAUGAAAAUUUCAGUAAAUGACUCAAAUUUGUAGAAUAUUUCAUAGAAAAUUUAUGAAAUUUGAAAUAUUUAAACUCAACCAUUUUAUCAACAGAACUCAAAUCGUGAACAAACCAUACUUUUGUCUCGUCACUGAUCAUGGCUGGUUUACGUAUGUUAAUCGAAAAUAUUGUUGUCUUUGUUAUAUUGAAAAUAGCUCAUUUGAUUUGGUCGAAUCCCGAAACAAAAAUAUCAGAGAUUAUCUAUUAUGGAUUUCGUUAUUUUCAAUAUUUCAUUCUGCGAAUCAACUAUACAUGGGAAGAAUAUCAACUACAUCGAAUACCGAGAACAUAUCGAAGACUUAGACAAGCAAUCUUAAUGUCUUUCAAUGCUUGGUUGGUUAUCAUUUUUUUGGUAAUUUAUAUUUAUUCUGAAGACAGCUCAAUAUGGAUAAGCGUAAAAUAUUUGGAAAAAAUUGUCGAUUGUCAACGAUUAGAUCUAUUGGCCACAGCAAUCAUUAUUUUACUUUGUAUUGGUGAAUUGUCUUGGUUUUAUUUUUUUAUUCAGGUAAUCAACUAUAAAUCACCAAUACAAAGUAUGGCAUAUAAAACUUUACUUUUUGACGAGAAACGAUUAGCAGCGAAUUAUCAUCGUCAUCUGAUUAUCUAUCAUUUAUUCAUAAAAAUUGCAGCUUAUAUAUUUGCUGCAUGUAUCGGUAUCGGUGUUAUUAUCGUAUGUGUUAUGGGAAUUUAUUUUCUUACAAAAGCCUAUUUCUAUAACCAGAUAACAUCAGUACAGCUUUUAUUUUGCUUGAUGAUAUUUUUUCCAAUUUGUUUUGAAGUUUGUAGUCUAUUUGUUCUAUUAUUGGUUGGAGCAAUAGCAGCUGGUUUUAUUCUUGAAUUUCUUAAAAUACGAAUGAAACAAUUGUAUAUAUUCUUGAAGCACGAUGAAUCAUCAAAAAAUAUUCCAAAAAUGAAAUUUUUUUGGAAUUGCAUACAAAAAGAAUAUGUUGAACUUUAUUCGGAAGUAGCAUUGUUGGAUAAAACGAUAAGCUUUGCAAUGUACAGUUUAGAAACAGGGUCGAAAAUAUUAUCCAUAACAUCAUGUAUAUUCUAUAGCCGUCACGUUUGA